AUGUGGAGUAUCAUCAGGUGUUAAAGUACCACCCCACACUCUCAACCCUUGUCUUCGAGGGAUCUUCUGCCUGCAGGAACAAGGACCAUCAGACUGGAAACGUCCUGGAACUCGUUGACUGCAAAAUAUAGCAGUACCCAUUGCAACUCAGGGAAUAACCUAUUCCUCUAAAAUGUAUACAGCCAAUAGGUAUAGACAGCCCACCAACAUGCCAUUCUCGUCUUCUACGUUGCCAGUGUUUUUAUUUAUGAUAUAUCUAGUGGUAAAUGGACUAAAGGCAGCCGCCACGACGGGGACCACGCUGGGCUGCGCGUCCUGCGGCAUGUCGCUGAUGGAAAAAGAUUCUGAGCAGAGGCUCAUGGUUGAGAUCGCCAAGCAACAAAUCUUGAACAAACUGCACAUGAAAGAGAGACCAAACAUCACCUCAACUGUGCCUCGCGCAGCGCUUCUAACUGCGCUCCGCAAACUACACGCGGGGAGAGUAAGAACGGACGGAACCAUUGAACUUGAGAAUAACAUCAAUAGGGAUACCAAAGACCAGGGAUACGAAAUAGUGAGCUUCGCAGAAAUUGAUGAUAAGGUCACUUUACCUGGGGCUGAACCAGGCCUUACCUUCCAGUUCCUUCAGGUGAAAGGCCACAACAUUCAGGUGAUCCAGUCAUCCCUGUGGCUCUAUGUCCACUCCUCUGACACCCCCGACCCCGGUCCACGUCCUAGUGCCAUUGCCCAAAUCUACCUCUCUGGGCCUGCGGAGAGUGGCUCCAAUCGCACCCUCCUCCUGGAGAAGAUCCUUGAUGUGCAGAAGAGUAACUGGCACACCUUCCCCAUCACAAACACCCUGCAAGCUUUCAUGGACGGGAGCCAGCAGAGACUUCAGCUGGGAGUCACCUGCAAAGAAACCAGGGCGACAGGGGAGAACGGGGUCACCCGCGACCUGUGUGAGCUGGGAAAAGCGAUGGACCUGACCCACCAGCCGUUCCUGGUGGCCCGGGUGAGACGCCGGGAGGACCCCGAGCACAUCCUCCGCAAGAGGUCUCUGCGUUGUGGAGACGACGUUACCGUCUGCUGCAAGAAGGACUUCUACGUCAAGUUCAAAGACAUCCAGUGGCAGGAUUGGAUCAUAGCUCCAGAAGGUUACCACAUGAAUUACUGUAUGGGCCAAUGUCCCCAGGCCUUGGCGGGUUCUCCAGGCAUCGCAUCCUCCUUCCAUGCAACGGUUUUCAGCCAGCUCAAAGCCAAUGGCAUCAAUAUGGCGGUGUCCUCCUGCUGUGUGCCAAUCCAACGCCGGCCCCUGUCUAUGGUGUACUUCAACUCACAGCACAGCAUUGUGAAGACUGACGUGCCUGACAUGAUCGUAGAGUCCUGCGGCUGCACGUAAAGGGGUGGAAAAACAGACAGACACAAGACAUUCAGCAAACAAUGCUUUUAGUCUGGAAAGACUAGAUUGAAUUUGUCACACACACAAGCACACAUGUAGGUGCAAACAUGCAACUACUUUCACAUUCAUGCAGUGUAGCAAAUUUGAUCUGGUUUUUUUUGCAUGCAAAUGGUAUAAUGCGCAGUGUGUUCUGACUUGUUUAGUCACUUGGUCACACACAGAUGACAACGUCCAGACAGAAUCACUCAUAGCCUUUAUUCAUUUUUAAUUGAUUGUUAAACAAUUACAUGUUUUAUUGCAUUUUCUUUUUAUACAGUGUGUUUUGUAUUACUGGUGUGGGUGAGGUGAGCAAUUAAGAUACAGAAUGAUGUAUGCAAGUCAGUGCCUGGAUCUUUGUAAUGUGGAGUAGAGGUUACUUAUUAAUUGGCUUUGUGUUGCGUUGACCAUCUACACACACAUACUGUAUGCAUUAGUAUAACAUCCUUUUGUCAUUUAAGAUGUGUUUGAUUCCUUCUUGUUCAACACAAGUAUAGUUACUUGCAUUUUAGUGCAUUUAGAGCUCUCGAAAUGAGGAAAAUGGGAUUACUAAAAUGAAUAUGUGCCUUCCCCAUUGUUUUGUUUUGAAGGCGAAAACUGAGGUGUUCUGAUUCUGUGGGCUCGUUCUAAAGAUCCACAGAGAAUAUACUUUUGAAAUUGAAAUGCAUUGGUGAUGCAAUGCUGUUGAUGCAUGCAACACAAGACAGCAGUAUAACCAUACAAAUUAUCUAAAUAGAUUUCCCCCGGGAAACCACCCAGACAGGAGUAUAUAUUUGAUAUUCAGAGGUUAAAAAUUGUUUCAUCAGCAUCUGAGCUGUAUUAUUUGCUUAGAUAAUCAGUUAGGCAAUGGCGGCAUGAACUCAAGGUUAUUACUCGGUUGUGUGAGCAAACAUUUAGCUAUUGCCACAGUUUCAGGCAACGUGAAGGUCCAUGAAAUACACCGGUCAACGAGCAAGCAUGCUCUAAGGCAUGUUGGAGUUUGAAUUUUCCAAAGUCUAAAUGUUUUUAGGGCUGAUAUAAAUUACAUGCAUUCAAGCAAUCUCUGUCUAAUCGUUGUAUUCAGUGUUCUUUUUAUAAUGUUUACAAUGUGUGAGGGUAUGUGGGUGUUUAUGUGUGAAAUGUUUAAGCCUAUUCGCUGCUUUCUAAAUGCUAUGCAUCCUGUGUUGUUGGCAGUAGCAGUGUAUAAUGUACUGAAGACUGUAUUGAAAUGUCCUAGCCUAGCCUGGCAUCCAUAGUGUUGCUGUAUUAUACAUAUCCUAGCAUGGGCUUCAAGAUCCUAUAGCAAGCACUUCCUAGCUACCUGGCUCUUAGACCAUUAGAACAUUCUAUUGUUCUUAUGCAAGCACUUCCUGUCCUUCUGUCCUCCUGCUUCCUGUAUGUCAUCUAAAAGGAUGUCUUUCCAUUGGAAACGUACUGCAGUUUGGAAUGUAUUGUGAAGAUAACUAAUACCACUGAUUUAUAAAACCAACAAGUGAAAGUUGAUAUAAACAGAAACCCUCACAUAACUUUCAUGAUUGGCUAUUAUUUCUGCCUGAGCACUUUAUCAGAUUACUGUAUAUUUAUAAGAUUCUUCAACAAGUUUUUUUGUCACUUAGUUAAUGAAAUUUAAAACACAGUUAAAGGCAAAAUUACUGUUAGCACGUUAUGUUUUCUGAAUCAUUGUCUUGUGUAAACCUUGAUUUUAUUUCCUAUUGAAACAGUUGAGAAAAAAAUUAUGAAUUAAUUUACCUUUACUGUAACUGGAAAAUUAUACCAGCAUUUGAUUGUGUAUCUAUUCCAAUCUCUGUCAAUA